GCAUGCGCAGUAUUGCGGAAAUGGUGACAACGUAGCUCGUGUCACUCGAAUUUAAACGGUGAGGGAGAAAUAUCUACUUAAACAAGUCCACGGCUGAAAAUGGCGAGGUAUAUGAGGCCUCCCAACACGUCUCUCUUCGUAAGAAACAUCUCUGAUGAAUCAAGGCCAGAGGAUUUGCGACGUGAGUUUGGUCGUUAUGGACCAAUUGUAGAUGUCUACAUCCCACUUGACUUCUAUACACGGCGGCCAAGAGGAUUUGCUUACGUUCAAUUCGAAGAUGUCCGGGAUGCAGAAGAUGCUCUUCACAACCUGGAUCGUAAAUGGGUUUGUGGUCGCCAGAUCGAGAUCCAGUUUGCCCAGGGAGACCGCAAGACACCAAACCAGAUGAAGGCCAAGGAGCGACUUUCACCUCGCAGUUCCUCCCGCUAUGAUGAUGAUCGGGAUAGCUACCGAAGACGCUCACGCAGCCGCAGCUAUGAUCGUCGGAGAUCCCGAAGCCCUUCUUAUGAGCGUCGCCCUCGGAGAUCAGAGAGCCCCAGAGACUCUGGAUCCUACAGCCGACAUAGACAGAACAGAAGCUAUGAAAAUGAGAACAGGUACAGAGGUCCUCCCCGUGACCACCAUAGGACACAUCAGGAGCCCGGCUCACACAGCCACACCCCUUCACCAUCCAGAUCAAGGCCCAAAGAUAAAAAGAGUCAGUCUAAGUCAGACAGCCCAGCUGAAGACUUCCACCCGACCUCCAGCUCCUACAAACAGUCUUUGGGGAGGUCCCCAUCACGGUCCUACUCUCGAUCCAUGUCUCGAUCACGUUCUCGCUCCAGGUCCUGGGCUGGCCGCAAAUCUGGCGGCCACUGAGUCUUCCUCCAUUUUAUAUGAGGAGACAUGUACCCAGUGUUUUUGUUUAACUUUGUACUAACUAGUAUUAUGCCUACUGUUGAUAUUUUAGUUAAUGUCAUUGUAAAAGGGAAGACUACAACAUGACCCUGGGCUACUUUUAUCAACGUCGUAGAGGGGUUUUUUUUUUUUUUUUUUGUGUGUGUAUGCAAAUGUGGGAGGUCUUACAGGUUUUGAUUUACCAUUUGUACUUUUAGUUAGUACCAAAUAAAAUAAAAUAAUGUCUC